UGACAGCUCCCGCGCCGGUAUCCGCAGCCCUCGCUCCAUCGCGCAGCCGCCGCGGCCUCCGUCGCAGCCCGAGUCCCGUUCCUCGCCUCCGCGCCCACAUCCGGGGGCGGCCCGGCUCUCUGUCGCUGCGGAGGCCGCAUCUGGAGCUCAUCUGGAACUGCCCGCCCGGCCGGCCGCGCUGGAGCCCGCGCCCAAUCUGGCCCGGCCGCGCCGGGAGCCUUGCCCGGAGCUGGAGCCUCCUCUGGACCCGCGGGCCCGGGGCCCCGAGCUGCGCAGCCGGCGCAUGGUGAACUCGCUGCUGUUCGGGGAGAUGGCUUUGGCCUUCGGCUGUCCGCCGGGCGGCGGCGGCGGGAGCUGCCCCGGCGGGGGCGGCGGCGGGCCCGGGCCGGGGCCAUCGCCGGUGACGGCGGCGCUGCGGGACGACCUGGGCUCGAACAUCCACCUCUUGAAGGGGCUCAACGUGCGCUUCCGCUGCUUUCUGGCCAAGGUGCACGAGUUGGAGAGGCGCAACCGGCUGCUGGAGAAGCAGCUGGAGCAGCAGCAGAGCGAGCGCGAGCGGCGGCUGCGCUACAAGACGUUCACCCGCGAGCAGGCCGUGCAGACCGGGCCGGACCUGCUGCGGCCCCCCGCGCCCGGCAGCGGCGGCAGCGUGGCGGCCGGCACCAAUGCCAACGCCGUGGCCCUGGGCGGCCUGCCCCCCGGCGGCGGCUCGCACCCGCAGCUCUACGGCCGCUUGCCGGGCACCAUCUGGAGCUACACGCAGGUGCGGCGCACGGGUGGCGGCGGCGUGGAGACGGUGCAGGGCCCCGGCGUGUCGUGGGUGCACCCCGACGGCGUGGGCGUGCAGAUCGACACCAUCACGCCCGAGAUCCGCGCGCUCUACAACGUGCUGGCCAAGGUGAAGCGCGAGCGCGACGAGUACAAGCGGAGAUGGGAGGAGGAGCUGGCCAAGAGCAUGAACCUGCAGACCGUGGUGGACACGCUGAAGGAGGCGGCGCAGGAGGCCGAAGCCAUCCAGGAGGAGAUGAACGAGACGAUCGAGCGGCUGAAGGCCGAGCUGGUGGUGUUCAAGGGGCUCAUGAGCGACCCCAUGACAGACCUGGACACAAAGAUCCAAGAAAAGGCCAUGAAGGUGGACAUGGACAUCUGCCGCCGAAUCGAUAUCACGGCCAAGCUGUGCGAUGUCGCACAGCAGCGGAACUCGGAAGACGUGUCCAAGAUCUUCCAGGUGGUCCCCAAAAAGAAAGAGCGUAAGGUGGCUUCGGACGAGGACAUCUCGGAGCAGGACGGGGAGGUGAACCGGUUCUCCGAUGAGGAGGUCAGCUCCGUGAACAUCACAGACGAGAUGAAGCGCAUGUUUAACCAGCUGCGGGAGACCUUUGACUUCGAUGACGACUGUGACAGCCUGACGUGGGAGGAGAACGAAGACACUCUGCUGCUCUGGGAGGACUUCACCAACUGCAACCCGAGCAUCGACCUGCAGGGCGAGCAAGAGGAAAACUUGGGCAACUUGAUCCAUGAGACGGAAUCCUUCUUCAAGACGAGAGACAAGGAGUACCAGGAGACGAUAGGCCAGAUCGAGCUCGAGCUGGCCACCGCCAAGAGCGACAUGAACCGGCACCUGCACGAAUACAUGGAGAUGUGCAGCAUGAAGCGAGGCCUGGACGUGCAGAUGGAGACGUGCCGCCGGCUCAUCAAAGGCUCCGCGGACAGGAAUUCCCCGUCCCCCAGCUCCGUGGCCAGCAGCGACUCAGGAAGCACAGACGAGAUCCAGGACGAGUUUGAGCGGGAGGCGGACGUGGAGCCCAUGGUCAGCUGAUGGCUGAGGCCCGCUGUGCCUGGUGGUCUUGGAGAUGGGGCCUCUGCCAGGAAGGCUCCUCGGAGUGGGACUCCGGUCCUCACCGCACGGACGUCCUCUGCCCUCCUUCUCUGGAGGCCCCAAGGGACCGCUGCUUCCUUCCUCCCUUCCACUCACCAUCCACCCGUGCCCCCUCUCCAUCCACCCACCCACCCACCCACGGAAUGGUGCUCUCAAUUUCUAUUCUCCACGUUACCAAUGCAGACUUCUGUCCAGAUGAUGCAGCGGGAACCGUGCCUUUUCCCUUAAGCUGAGCCACUUUGAGCUCCAAAGAAUUCCUCCUAGCAGGUGUUGUUUUUAUACGAAACUCUGAGGCGAGGUGUGGCAGACUGUGGUUUUCGCCCUCCCACCUGCUCCUCUGAUUGGCUAUGACCUAUGCCCUCCCGUCCCCUGCCGGCCAGCACUGAUGGAGUGGGGCUCGGGGUGGCCCACUUCCACCCAGGACGGAGCUGUUUGCCUCGGCGAACUUUCCACGCCCAGGUGGGACCUUCCUAGGUUUUAUUUUCACGUACCAAAAGGGAGAAAGAUGGAAGGAGGGAGGGAAGACAAAUUCUUAGUUUCUUUUUGGACCAAGUGGCACAGCGGAGGGACAAGGCACUGUGGGGGAAGGUGGAGCCUCACUGUGUUUAAACUACUAUGCAAAAAAACAAAACAAACAAACAAACAACAAAGCAGCUUGCCUUAUAUACUGUGGAAGGGAGGCCCUCUCCCCGACUCAGGGUUUUCCCUUGGAGCUGGGAGGGAGGCCACCGCUGGGGCCAUGUCUCUCGCAGCCUGUGAGGGGGUUCGGUCAAGGUCAGUCAAGAGGCCUGGGUCCUGCCACGCCCUUGGCCACCUGACCGCUUGCUUUCUGGGGACCUCGGUGGAUUGAGGGUCUUUUAUUGCCCUGAUGACUUGAUGCUUUCCCCUCUGUUUCCAGCCAAACUGUAAGGGGUGGGGGUCUGUCAUUUCUCUGUGAGAAAGCCUGUGGCCACCCCUUCCCCAGUGGAGUCGGGUCAGGCCCGCCUGCUGCCAUCUUGGUUCUCCACUGGGCCCAGUCGGGUCAGUGGCAGGCAUUGGGAAGGGAGGAGGAGGGAGGCAAUGAGGGCUGCUGGCAGGUUGGAGGUGGCAGGCCGCGCUCAGGAGAGAACCAUCCUUGUUUCACACUUGCCAGCUUCUUCCCAUUCUUCACGGACUGACCCUGGGAGUUCACUGAGCCAGUCUCUCCCAGCACCUGAGUGGGCCUGGCUGUGUGAGGCCACCUGCCAAGUCCCAGCUUGGAGCCAGCUGACCAGGCUUUGCUUUUUUUUUUUUUUUUUUUAAGUCUUUUGUCCCCAUGCCUGUGGUGCAAGUUUUGUUUUUGUUGGCCCAGCAGCGUCCCCUGGAGGUCAAAGGAGCACACUGAGCCCGAGGACCAGGACUCCUUACCUCUGGGGCCUAUGACUAGCGGCACAAGAGGGGUUCUGGCUCCCAGUAGGUUGUGUCCCCCGGUGUUCCUCCCCCCACCCCCCAGGGUACCAACCACCGUUAAGGGCCUUCUUUCUCUUCUGUUUCCCCUACCUGUUUUGCAGUCUUAAAACCUUUGUAUAUAAUAGUCACAUAAUAUAUAUAUAUAUAUACAUGUAUAUGGAGAGAGAGCAAGCGAGUUAUGACAGUGUGUUAUUCUUAUUUAUCAGAACUUGGUGGCCUUUAGGGUGUUUUUUUUUCUUUCUAAUUUUCGUUGCUGUUGGGCGAGUCGUUCUGUUCCCUGCGGCGCUGUGGCCGGGAGGCUUCCAUGCCCAGCGUCUCCCAUUGGCCAACAGGCCCGUGGCAGGUACGAGAGGGCGACGGCUUCGGAGGAGGCCGACCCUUGUUCUCAAGGUUACAGGGUUCACACAUACCUGGCCAUUAUUGCUGUUGUUGUUGUCGUUGUUUUAGUUUAGCUUUAUUUUAACCAAAGGUUAUCAGAGCCUGUUGGGCUCAGACCUCAGCUGCUAAAAAGACGUUCCGUUUCCUGGAGGGCAGGGAGAUGGCCCUGCAGGCCGCUGUCCAGCGGUAAGGGAGGUGGUGCGUGGUGUGGGCAGGCGGGCAGAGCGGGAGCCAGCCCUGGGCGAUUCCUUCAGGUGGUGGUGGGGAAAGAUUGGGGGGGGGACAGGCCUAUCAAUGUUAAAAAUAUAACAAUAAGGCAACGGUGUAUUUUGGGGGUGACUAAGGUGAUUGGUGUCCAUGUAUUAUUUUUUCCUUCCCCCUUUUAGACAUUAGUCCCUGGGGACUAGAGGACUCUGAAUUUGUCCAAGGACUAUAGAUAUGGCAGGAGCCAGAGAGAGAGAGAGACACUGGCUGAGAAGUUUCCUCCCUGCUGGGGAGCCAGGAUUUGCGGCAGGUAGGCGGGGCAGGGACCCCAAGGAUGUGGCCCACCUGCUUCCAGUACAGGGUCCCGGGUCCUGGCCUGGCUGCUUCCCUCCCCACUGAGUUCUUCUCUGAGUUAGCUGCCAGUGGGCCUCGCUUGUCCCCUCGCCAUGGGCCCACAGCUUGCCAAGAAAGACCCCAAGUGAGGCAGCGCUGGGUCCAGAGGGGAUACGCUGGCCUGUUCUUUGUAAAGUUGUAAAUACUUAAUUUUUUUUUUUUGGUUUCUACUUCUAAGCCCAGUGUCAUAUUGACAUUGGUAUUGUAGGUGGUUCUCAGAGGGGCUCUCCUGGGCAGCCCUUUCUCACCCUCCUCUUUUGGGGGGUUUAUAAACAGAGAGGAUUGGGCAAGGGCAGGAUGAGGAAUUCCUUUUGGUUCCUUGGUUGUGGAACACACACACACUCACACACACACACACACACACACACACACGCACGCACGCACUCCUCUGAGAGUCCAAACAGGGGGAAAAAUUCUUGGCAAGUGAACACAUUUUGUCUUCUUGUAGCAAUAUGUCUUGACGGACGGGUCUCUGAAGGGCCAGUCCAUCUCGCACUUCGCUCUGUGGGUGCAAGCUCAGAUGUUUUCGGGAGAACCAAGCCUCUUGGGCUGGGGAUGAGGAAGAGGGCGUGGGGUAAGGGGAUAAUAUAAGGCGUAACUUAAGCUAAAUGUAAUCUAUUUAUAAAGCAAGAGACUCUUGUCUAUUUUUAUGAAAGGAAGGGUUUGUAAUCUAGGCUCGGCGGCUGUGGCUGCCCAGGGUUUUUCUGUGGGCGCUGUGCAUGUUGCUGCUGGAUUCCAUAUAACCGGUCCCCUUCACCCCAUCUCCCUGUCCUCACCGCCUGCUCCCCGCACCCAUGAGCCGGCUUUGGCAGCCCAGAGGCCCCACCUCGCCACGGUCCCCUGUUCUCUGAUCCCGCAGCUCCUGGGUCCUUGGAUGUCUUGGGGGGAGGGGAGGGCACUGGUGGGAGUGGGUGGGCAGUGGCGAGUUCAGCAUGGAGGUGGGUGGGUGGGGGAUGAGAGGGGGCACGAGAUAGGGGACACACUCUGCUUCCCACUAGUCAUUUGAACUAGGUGGGCUCCCACAAGUCAUUUGAACUGUGUGAAGAUCCACUUCCGAGUCCACUGAAUUUGGGAGAGUGUGGGUGGCAUGGGGCUGCUGGUUCUGGGACCACAUGGCUUCCCUGGGGCCUGGGACCUUCCAGAGCUCUCGUGGGUCCCAGGUUGCUAGGCAGCUGGAGGGGGAGAGGAAAAGCCAUGAAAUGUCCACGUCCUGGCUGUGCCCACUGCCCAGGCUGCUGCCCCAGGCCCUGGGUGAGGGGUUAGGGCUGACUCUCUCGGGGAGGGAGUCAUCCAUGGGUGGAAGAUUCACAGGCUCGGGGUGGGCCAUGUGUUCGUUUGGAGCAAACCCCUCACCAUUUCUGCUGCCAAACCCUCAAAGGAAUGAGGCAAAGGCACCCCUUACCCCCAAUACCCUCUCUGUGGGCAUUUUAGCAUCCACGUGGUUUUUAAUCCCUUCAGGGAGACUUUCUGUCCUGCAGCCCCAUCCCACCCCACGUCGCUGUUUGUCUGCCAGCUGGGCCUAGCAUCACGGGGAAGGGGGGGUUUAUAUGAAAGACUACUGAUCCUACCGGGAAACCAACCUGUUUACUGUACUGUUGUAAAUAUUGUACCCUUUAUAUCCUGUAUAUUGGCUUCUUUUGAAUAAAGUGAAAUGUCUUAGAAA